AUGCUCUGUAGUAUAAAAUAUUUACUAUCAGUAACCUCUGCCAGACUUUUUUCCAAGUUGGCUAAACGACAGGACUACCAAGAUGAAGACCUGGAUCAUUGUCGCCCUUUCCUUGGCCACCAUAUGUGUCGGCCCCACAAGUGCUGCAUGGUAUUUUACAAGAGUAGUUCUAUUCCAAAUCCUCUAACUCUUUCCACCAUAGGGUUCAUUAAACUUGAAAAGUUAAGUGUUAAUACGAAUGAAGAUGCUAGGGUGAAACCAGCUGUAGAACGUAUCUUAGUGGGCGAAGAUAUAACUUUUACUUGCACAAUCUAUCAAAAAGGACCUCCUGGUAAAUUCUUGUAUUGGCAAACGCCUAAUGGAACUCAUCUGCCCGAUUCGGAUCCGCAUACUGUUGUGACAAAUAAUGGCACAGAAUUGCGUAUUGUCAACGCCACUUUAUCCGAUGCAGGCACCUAUAACUGUGUUUAUUUAGACGAAAAUUCUCUUCAAAAAGAACCUGCCGUUCUCUAUGUUUCCGGAAAGUUAAAGGCGAUUGCUCCUACAACCCAAUACCUCAUUAUUGGUCGUCCUGGAUACUUAGUAUGUCAUGGAGAAGGAAAAGGAAUAUCCGCAGUAAGAUAUCGAUGGAAAUUUAAUCACCAUGAAAUUUUGGGGGUAGAUCCAAACAGGGAUGUAGCUAAGAAUGGUAACUUAGUAUUUAAAAAUGUCACUGAAAAAGAUGCAGGGAAUUAUACGUGCAUUGUCAAGACAACUCUUCAAGAGGAUAGAAAAACUAUCCAGGCUACAACACUGAAUAUUUCAGAUUUACCAAAGCCACCAAGUGAAUGUAAAUUGGAUGCCAAAUUCUCUCAUAUUAAUGUCUGUUUCACUAUUCCUGAGUCUGAGAAAGCGACUGCAACAAAGUACAAGAUCAUGUACUGGCCCACCGGUGCUCCUAUGAAUGUGACAACAAAAAUUAUUGAAAGCUCCAAAUAUAAAUGUCCAGUGGAUAUUUCCGGUUUAGUGGACGAUACUAGCUAUGAUUUCAGAUUUGCGGUAUCCAAUAAUAUUGCUUACGGUGCAGAAUCUAAAGUCUUUACUGCUAAAACAAAUCGAGCAAAAUGUCCAAGAGUACCUACAGAAGUUAAAUUCGAUGUCUACUAUACUCAUGUUGUUGCAUCUUGGAUGCCACCUGACUUUGAUGGUGGAGCGCCCGUUGAUGACUAUCGCGUAGAUUAUCGCAAAAAUGAUACUGAUAUGGUCUUCGUGAUGAAAACAGGAAAGAAAUCACCAAUCACCAUUACAGGUCUUGAAGAUAAUACUGAAUACGAAUUCAAAGUUGCCGCACACAAUCGACGAUGUUGGGGACCUUCUUAUGAAGCCAUCGAAAUGACUCUUCGUUUAGCUGAACCUAGUAUGCCAACAGAGCUCUUCCUUAGAAGUACUGAUCAUUCGAUUACCGUUUCAUGGAAACCACCUACCAAUGAUCAUGGACGUAAAGUCACUGAAUAUCGUUUAGAAUAUCGAAUGGUUGGCGAUGCGAACUGGAUUACCAUCGAUAAUGCCACUACCCCAUAUACUCUAAGCCAAUUAACCUACAAUAAGGAAUAUCAGAUUCAAGUCUCUGCUAAGAAUCAAAUCGGUUGGGGAAAGCCAAAGAAAUCACAAACUAAAACCAUUGUUAUAAAUCCACCCACAGCACCUCGCAAUAUUUCUAUCGAAAAUAUCAAGUAUGAUUCUAUGACGGUUUCUUGGAUGGCACCAAUCAGUGAUAACGGUGCGCCCAUUACUGCUUAUAAGGUUGAAUAUCAAAUUCGUGCAGGCAAAGUUGUAUCGAAAAAUUGGUUUUCCACGCAAACUAAAGCAGAUGUCAUGAGCGCAUCAGUUACCAAACUUAAUGGAUCGACAAGCUAUAACGUUCGUGUUGGUGCCAUAAAUACUGCGGGUAUCACUUAUAGCAGCCCUUUAAAAACAGUGAAAACAGCUGCAGCUCCUAUGGCACCUUUCACUUUGGCUAUCAUUAUCAUCCUCUCCAUUGUUGGUGCUUUAAUCGUGGCUGAUAUUAUUCUCUACUUCGCUCUUGAUACUGGUGUUACUAAGAAAGUUGUUGAAAAAGUUCAAAAUAAAUCAGGCUGUAUUGCUUUGGUAGAAAUUCUAGCUUGCGGAUUAUCUUAAAAAUAUUAACAGUAAUUCACCUUGAGUACGUCUAUAAUAUCGUUAAUAAAUUACGGUAAGGCGGGAUUAAAUGUUAUUUCUUACUCGCAUAAUAUUAUUUUAAAAAAGAUUAUAGCUAGGCAGAUAGAAAUAAAACUAUGUCAAUUCAACUGCAAGUUGUUUUGCUAUAAGCUACCGCUAUUUUUUCGUGUUGCAAUUGAUGUUAUGAGUUUAGGCGGAUUGUAGA